AGCUUUCACUUGAAGAAACCUAUGUGCGAUUUAGCGUCAUGAUUUCAUUGGAGCUAACCACAGUCACUGUGCUAAUUGUUAAGCACACGGAUAAUUUCUAAAUCAGCUACAUCUAUACUAUGGAGAAAUGUAUAGUGUGCCUAAAAGAUGACCACCCAACAACACUGAUCAAAUUGCUACAAAAAGGUUGUCUUGGAAUCAUCAAAGCUAGCCAGGAAAGAGGAGACUGUUUGUCCGCAUUAGAGGGUAAUUUUGUUCAUCAAAUCUGCAGGAAAACAUAUACCAAUCCAAAUGACAUAAAGAAAUACAAAAAAGAAAAACUUGUUCUGAGAGAAAUUAAUACAAAUACUCCAAAAUUACGAUCACAGUCCCAUUUUGAUUUUAAACAUCAUUGUUUAUUCUGUGGAAAUGAAGCAACAGACUCCAAGAAAAAAGACAAAAAUGUAUUCCAGGUUCGAACUGAUGAUUUUGAGAGUCGCAUACAAGAUGCCUGUGAUCUUCGGAAUGAUGAUUGGGCAGCCGAGGUUCGCGGAAGACUGGAGAGCGUAAGCGACCUCCAUGCAGCGGAUGCUGUUUAUCACCAGGCAUGUAGUGUUAACUUCCGCACGUGCAAAAACACUCCUGUAUUCCGUUCUCCCAUAUCACCAGACGCAAAGCCUGAAAACAAAAGAGGAAGGCCAGCUUUGCAAGAAGACGGCUUCUACAAAAUAGUCGACUUCCUUAAACAUGACGACGAACAGAUUUCCAUAUCAGAUCUUGUUGAAAAAAUGGACGAGAUGUGUGAUGGGAAUGCUUAUAGUCAGAUGUAUUUAAAAAAAAGAUUGAAGCAACAUUUGGAGACGAAAUCAUUAUUACAGACAUACCAGGUAGAAAAAGUGUUGUAACUCUACGUGAAACCGUGACUUGUAUUCUUCAGGACUAUUACCAGAGACCAAGCAAUUUAAAUCCAGAUGACGAAAAGAGAGUUUUGAUCAGAGCAUCUGCCAAACUGAUAAAAAGCGACAUCAGAUCUGUAGAUACCACAAAGUCUAUCUAUCCAACUCCAGCCAACAUUGCAUCAGUUGAUAAUAAUCUAUCAUACUUAGGCCGUAGUUUUUUUAUUUUUAGUUUUACGAACCCUGCUACCCUAAUUUUUGCCAAAUUUUUUUUCUCCUCCGACCCAGUGUUUUUCAUGCAAAAAAAAAAUAAUUUUAGUUCAUAACUGCAUGAAAGAAUCUAAAUUUAUGCUCUUGGUGAUUUAGUAAGUUGUUGCACAUUGAUUUUCCAUAUUAAACCUUGUCAAGAAAAAAAAAUAGUUGUUACACUAGUAGAAAAUCUCCUGGUGAAAUAAAAA